AUGUACAUCCCGGUCGCUGAUCACGUUAGUUACGCCUUUCAACACGCUGCUGGUUACCUGGUGAAGCGUGCUGAGGAAGAAGCGACCAAGCCCUUCGAGCUGACACACACACAAUGGGUCACGGUCUAUUGGAUCGAAGCCAGUAUCAUCGUACUCCUCUUCACCUGGAACCUCUGGCUCGCACGCUCGAUCAUCUUUCCCUUCAAGUUGUGCGCCGUGGCAUGCCACGAAGGCUGUCAUGCCCUCGCGGGUUUGUUGACGGGCGCGAAGGUCAAGUCGAUCGUGUUGGACCCGAAUCAAGGAGGGACGACGAGGAUGAUCGGCGGGUUCGCCUUUUGCAGUUUGCCGGCAGGAUACAUCGGCUCGACACUUAUCGGCUCGGGUCUACUCUUCGCCUCCUUCGACCAGAAAGCUAGCAAGAUCGCCGCAAUCCCGCUCUUCGUCCAUCUGACCAUCGUGUCUCUCUGGGCUCGACACUCGCGCUUCACACUUCUCAACGUCACAUUCAUACAGGGCUUGAUCCUCAUCUUCUACAUCGUCGCGCACGCCGUGUUUUUGCGGUUCCUCCUCGCGUUGAUCGGUGUAAUGAACGUUAUGUACAGCGUUUGGGAUCAGCUGGAUGACCUUGUCUUUCACAAAAUCAACGAGUCUGAUGUUUGCGACUUUCAGCGCCUCUACCCUUGGCUGCCGGCGCAAGUCUGGGGCGCGAUCUGGACGUUCGUUUCUUGCUCAGGUCUGACGGCGGCCAUCCUCGGCGGAAUCGUCACGUUCAAGAAGGACUUUGCGGCGCAGUACUUCGAGUCGCAGACGUUUAUCCCGACGUAG